AUGGGCACCCACAGGGGGACUGCGGCACUUAAAGAAGCAGCAGCAGCAACAGCAGCAGCAGCAGAAGCAACGUUAGAGGAUUCGAGGGGAGGGAUUAGCAGAGCAGACGAACUCACGCCCCGCCUGUGCGUCUCCCCCGGCGCUGCUGCUCCCCUCCCUACGCCCUCCCAUCUGCCUCCCUGCUGCAAAGAUUCCACUGUCCCAGUCUGUUCCUCUCUGCUCGCCAUGCUUCCGUGCCUUGCCGUUGCACCUGAACCCCCUGCACCAGUUGAAGCCACUGCACCAGUUAAAGUCACUGCACCAGUUGAAGCCACUGCACCAGCUAAAGCCACUGCACCAGUUGAAGCCACUGCACCAGUUGCCGGCCCUGCUGCUACUGCUGCUGCUGCUACUGCUGCUGCUGCUGCUGCUGCUGCUGCUGCUGCUGCUGCUGCUGCUGCUGCUGCUGCUGCUGCUGCUGCUGCUGCUGCUGCUGCUGCUGCUGCUGCUGCUGCUGCUGCUGCUGCUGCUGCUGCUGCUGCUGCUGCUGCUGCUGCUGCUGCUGCUGCUGCUGCUGCUGCUGCUGCUGCUGCUGCUGCUGCUGCUGCUGCUGCUGCUGCUGCUGCUGCUGCUGCUGCUGCUGCUGCUGCUGCUGCUGCUGCUGCUGCUGCUACUGCUGCUGCUGCUGCUACUGCUACUGCUGCUGCUACUGCUGCUGCUGCUGCUGAGUUCUGA